AUGGUUCAAUUGAAGAAAAUCACCCUGGUCUUGGCCAGUGUGCUUCCUCAGUGGGUCUAUGGAGCUGGCCUGCACGCUUCUGCUGUGGCUAAAGGGAAGCUCUACUUCGGCUCAGCCACCGAUAAUGGUGAAUUAACGGAUGCGGCGUACUUGGCACAGCUGAGCAACACAGACGACUUCGGUCAAAUUACUCCUGGAAACGCACAAAAGGUUAGGGAGGCAAUUUCUCCGGGGUUAUGGCGGAAGACUGACUGUAUACAGUGGGAUAGUAUUGAGCCUACCCAGGGCACAUUCUCAUACUCAAAGGGAGAUGUCAUCGCGGAUCUCGCGGCUAAGAAUGGUCAAAAAUUGAGAUGCCACACUCUUGUUUGGCACAGCCAGUUACCCAACUGGGUCUCUAGUGGCACUUGGACCAACGAAACCCUGAUUGCGGCUAUGAAGAACCACAUUACAAAUGUUGUUACUCACUACAAGGGGAAAUGCUAUGCUUGGGAUGUUGUUAACGAAGCUCUCAACGAGGAUGGAACCUAUCGCACCAAUAUCUUCUACCAGACGAUCGGCGAAGCCUACCUUCCUAUCGCGUUUGCCACUGCUGCCGCGGCAGACCCAGAUGUCAAGCUCUACUACAACGACUACAACAUCGAAUCAUCCGGCUCCAAGUCAACCGGAGCUCAACGGAUUAUCAAGCUUGUACAGCAGUAUGGGGCCAAGAUUGAUGGAGUCGGUCUACAAGCCCACCUGAUUGUUGGAAGCACGCCCAGCCAGAGUGCGCAGGCUACCAACCUAGCUGCUUUCGCUGCCCUGGGUGUUGAUAUUGCCUAUACAGAGCUUGACAUCCGUAUGACGCUGCCAUCAACUGCUGCCUUGCUUGCACAGCAGUCAACCGACUACAAGAAUACUGUGGCAGCUUGUGUUGCAAACACCAAGUGCAUUGGAGUGACUAUCUGGGACUACACAGAUAAGUACUCUUGGGUUCCUAGUGUGUUCUCCGGUCAGGGUGCCGCUUUGCCUUGGGAUGAGAACCUGGCCAAGAAACCCGCUUAUGACGGUAUUCUAUCAGCUCUUGGUGGCACUGCUUCCGCUGGCACCACUACCACCGCUGCCACCGUUGUCACUACUACAACUACUGCGGGCUCUGGCACCACUACUGUUGUUGCUCUAUAUGGCCAGUGCGGAGGAUCUGGCUGGACUGGCGGCACUACAUGUGCUAGUGGAAGCUGUAAGGUCUUCAAUGAAUGGUACUCGCAGUGCCUUUGA